AUGCAGGCAGAUCAGACGGUGAUAAGCUUGAGACCAGGAGGAGGUGGCAGUGGGGGUCCCCGUGGCACCAGAUUUUUCACCCCUCGUUUUGACUCUGCUUCGGCUUCUCUUUCUGAUGCGUCUCAAUCUUUUUUCUCUUUCAAGAUUGGUGACUUGCGGUUUGAAGACCAUGAGCGCAUUCGCUACACACGAGACCAGCUGCUGCAACUUAAUCAGGUUGAAAAAGUUCCAGAGGAUAUUCUGAAAAUCAGACAAGAAAUUGAGUCUGAGUUUGUUGGUGAGGAUCAAACUUGGAGCCGUGCAGAUGGCAGCCCCCAACCUCAAUCUCAAAGUCGUUAUUCUGAACCAGACAACCGUGAUUGGCGUGGUAGGUCAGCAGCUUUUGGAGAGGAGAGAUCUUGGGAAGCAAUUCGAGAAAAUAAGGAGUUCACCAGUCGGCAAGACCAGCUAAAGGUAUGUCUGGUGGUAUUAACAUCUUGUUCAAACCAGGUAGGGCCUGCUCCUGCUCUGAUCAAGGCUGACAUGCCAUGGUCAACUCGAAGAGGGAAUCUCUCUGAGGAGGAACGCGUCUUGAAGACAGUGAAAGGUAUAUUAAACAAAUUGACACCAGAGAAGUUUGAUGUUCUCAAGGGGCAACUGAUUGACUCUGGAAUUACAACACCUGAUAUUUUAAAGGGUGUUAUCUCACUAAUAUUUGACAAGGCAGUGCUGGAGCCCACGUUCUGUCCUAUGUAUGCUCUUUUAUGUUCUGACCUGAAUGAGAAGAUCCCUCCAUUCCCAUCUGAUGAGCCUGGUGGGAAAGAAAUCACUUUUAAGCGGAUUCUUUUGAACAACUGCCAGGAGGCAUUUGAAGGUGCUGACAAUCUGAGGGAAGAAAUUAGCAAGAUGACUGCUCCUGAACAAGAAAUGGAACGCAGGGAUAAGGAGCGAUUGGUUAAGCUGCGAACACUGGGGAACAUACGCCUUGUUGGGGAACUUUUGAAGCAGAAGAUGGUGCCUGAAAAAAUCGUCCAUCAUAUUGUUCAGGAACUUUUGGGGGACGACAAUAAAACAUGCCCAGCUGAAGAGAAUGUUGAGGCAAUAUGUCAAUUUUUCAACACCAUAGGCAAGCAACUAGAUGAAAACCCAAAAGCUCGGCGAGUUAAUGAUGUUUAUUUCAGCAGGUUGAAGGAUCUGACAACAAAUCCACAACUUGCAUCACGUUUUAGGUUCAUGGUUCGAAAUGUUCUUGAUCUCCGGGCCAACAGCUGGGUCCCCAGACGUGAAGAGGUUAAAGCAAAGACCAUCUCUGAAAUCCAUUCAGAAGCAGAGAAGAAUCUUGGGUUGCGUCCAGGUGCAACUGCAGUCAUCAGAAACAGUCGGAAUGCUACUGCAGGUGUGGGCCCUGGUGGUUUCCCCAUUGGUGGCAGGCCUGGUGCAGGAGGUAUGAUGCCUGGAAUGCCUGGGAUGAUGAAAAUGCCUGGAAUGCCUGGGCUUGAUGCUGACAACUGGGAAGUUCCUCGAUCUCGAUCAAUGCCAAGGGGCAAUAAUUUUGGCCCAACCCAGUCCACCGGGCGCGUGUCGUCUUCCGUGAUCAACAAAUCACCAUCUAUUAAUACAAGACUUCUACCUCAAGGAAGUGGUGGCAUCAUAGCCGGGAAAACAAGCUCCUUAUUGCAGGGUGGUGGUACUGCUUCUCGACCUGGUUUUGAAACAAGAACUGAACCUGUGGGUCAAUCUCCUAAGCCUGCUCCAGCUGUGCCAGCAAUUCCUUCUCCUCAGAAGCCACUUGCUCCCACCACAAGAUUAAAUCCUGACGAUCUUUGCAGAAAAACCACUUCUCUUCUGGAAGAAUAUUUCAGUGUUCGAAUUCUUGAUGAAGCACUACAAUGUGUGGAGGAGUUGAAAGAUCCAGCUUUUCACCCCGAGGUUGCUAAAGAAGCUAUUGCUCUUGCACUGGAGAAGAGCCCACCAUGUGUGGAACCUGUCAUAAAGCUUCUUGAAUUCUUGCUCGCUAAAAAUGUCCUAACGGCUGGAGAUAUUGGAGCUGGUUGUCUGCUUUAUGGCUCUUUGUUGGAUGAUAUUGGCAUUGAUUUACCCAAAGCACCAAAUAACUUUGGCGAGAUUCUUGGGAACUUGAUCGUGGCUCAGGGUCUGGACUUUGAGGUCAUGAAGGAAGUUCUGGACAAGGUGGAAGAUGACAGGUUCAGGAAAGUCAUCUUUGACAGUGCCAUGAAGAGCAUUAAUUCAAACCCUUCUGGGCAAGAAGUGUUGGCAACACAGGGUUCUAAUAUUCAGGCUUGUGAGAGUUUGCUCUCUUAA